UUACUUUUCUCUAUGGUUUACGCUGUCAAUCGGUGUGCUUGUCAGUUUUGCAGCUAGUCGGUGAAAAUUGCAAAAAUGUACCGAAAAGGCAAUUUGCUGACACGAAUCCUAAUUUUAUUCUCGUUCUGUAGUCCCAUUUUCGCGGAAUGGAAUACACGGGACUAUGUGCGACGGGAGCAUUCCCUUACAAAGCCGUACCAGGGGAGUGGAAUGUCGGUGCCUUACUGGGACUUUUUAGGUAGCACAAUAGUUACUUCUAAUUACGUUCGGUUGACUCCCGACCUGCAAUCGAAGUCGGGCGCUCUUUGGAACACCGCCCCUUGCUUCACUCGCAACUGGGAACUUCAAGUGCAGUUCAAAGUCCACGGUCGCGGCAAGGAUCUGUACGGCGAUGGGUUCGCGCUGUGGUACGUGCGGGACCGAAUGCAGCAAGGGCCUGUGUUCGGCAGCAAGGAUUACUUCUAUGGGCUGGCUAUCAUACUGGACACUUACAGCAACCAUAACGGUGCUCACAAUCAUCAACACCCAUAUAUCUCAGCCAUGAUCAACAACGGCUCCAUGCAUUACGACCACGACCGCGACGGCACGCACACGCAGCUCGCCGGCUGCGAGGCCAAGUUCCGCAACUUCAACCACGACACGCAUCUGUCCAUCGUCUACAAGGACGACACGCUCGUCGUAUCAACGGACCUCGAAGGCAAGAACGCGUGGAAGGAAUGCCUCAGGGUUGAGAACGUGUUACUUCCCACCGGCUACUUCUUCGGGGCGUCAGCCACCACUGGAGACCUGAGCGACAACCAUGACAUCAUCUCGGUUAAGAUGUACGAACUCGAUCUGUUAGAAACGCAAAACAAAGAUGAAGACAGAUCGCAGAUAAUCCCAUCAGCAGCGUCCUUCGAAGCGCCAAGGGAGAGAGUGGAAGACGCCAAACCCGCUAUGUCUGGAGUCAAAACCUUUCUAUACAUGAUGGCGAUAGCAAUAGUAGUAUGCGUUAUAGUUGUACUGGGCAUUAUGUGGUAUCAGAAGAGACAGGAACAGUCCAGAAAACGAUUGUACUGAUGGCUAUGGUAUAUAAAAAAUAUGGUACGUAUUGGCAGUGGUAGGGUGACCGAACUAUAUGGCACAAGUACACUAUGAGGGAAAUUGAUUGAGAUGUAGUGUAAACACGCACUUCGGUUAGUUUCGCCGUGCGUCGCCCAUACUUCGCUUCGUCUUGGACAAUUUGCCGCAUAGUGUACAUGCACCAAUACAGUCGUAAUAUAGGUUUGGUAAGAAUCCCUUUUUUGUGGUGGGUCUAGAGUCUAGAUAGUUGUUUUUUUUCUGGAGGCUUUCAAACAAUCUGGUCAUCCUACUAAAUUGACCACUAAAGAUUAUGUUACGAACUAAAUUAACGAGUGUGAUAAAAUCAACGUAAUAUGCCUAUUUAUUUUAUGAAAUUGUAACUUUAAAAAACGUCAUGAACGACAUCAAAAUCAAAACAUUCCUAAUUAACGUAAAACAAAAUUAAUUACAAAUCUAACAAUGGCAAUAUGGAAAAAGCAUAAAAGCAAUGUUGAAUAUAUUUUUCACGCUACAAACAAUUUAGCUGGCUGGUGUCAGAAUGUUACUAAAAUUUAAUUAAAUAUUAAACAAUAGAAAUCUCUUUGAAAAGUUUGAAAUAGUCAUUGAUUGCAUUUAAUUACAACAAUAUGGGAGGUUUUAAAUAAUUUAUUUAUUAGAUAAAAAUCUAGAUGGUCCUUUGGUGUCAACAAAUUAGACAUAGUUUAAAAAAUAAUACUGCCCAAAUUUUGAUAAAAAUGUAAACACAUAAUUCUAAAUAUUACUUAGAUAGUAGAUAUACAGCAAUUAACACGCGUUAGGCCCAUUUUCCACUAAAGGUGAGGAGAUGUGUUUAAAUAACCAAUCAAAUUUCGUUAUUUCCACAUCAGCUCUCCGCUCAGCGGGGCUUCUCCGAAAAACGUUACCUUUUUUAGUUAGUUUUGAAUAUUGCCAUCUUUCUCACUUAAAGCAAGAUGCUAGCAUCAGCGACGGUGACAGAUAGACCAGAAAUCCUGCAGCUUUGGUUCGGAAUUCUGAUUACAAACACACCUCUCCGCUCCGCUUUGGUGGAAACCCGGCCUUACUCUAAAUUAGUGAUAGAUUUUUGCAAGCAGUAAAAAAUGCACUAUAAAUAAGAGACUGGAAACGUCAUCAAAUUACGUCACAGGUUGUCAAUCUGACGUAAAGUUAUGCUAAUCUUGAAUUUAAGUCAUCCGUUUUAUUAAACAAAAAACCCUUUACUGUAUAAUAAAUAUUAUUACGUAAUAAAUUGCCAUACAAUUUCUCAACAAAUCAGCUAGCUUAUAAAAUCAAUAUUUAUGCACAUGCACUCCCUGUAUUUCUACUAUGCUAUGAACUUUUCAAAACUACACUUUAGAUAGCUUACUACUAUGCACGAUUACAUUAAAAAAAAUCUAGAUUUUGAUUUCGAUCUUCACGAAUUUUCUUAUCUUCAGAUAAAAAUAUAGACAAUAAUCUUCAUAUCAUUAUUUAUAUCGAUAAAAAAUAUUUAAUCAAGAUUUUUCAGUACAGUCAGCGUCAAAUAGUUCAUGACUUUUCAUGACAUCCAAAGUAGUUAGCCAAUAAGUUCGCAACUUAUUUUUCAAUCGGAAUUAUGUUGUGUUGUCAACUUUUUGGCCAUUUGGUUGUCACGAACUAUAUGACGCUAACUGUACGUUGAUGCUUGUAAGAUGAUGUUAUAUUGACUAGAAAAUACCAAUUAUUAAUUAUUUCUUUCUGUUUUCUACCCAAAGUGUGCUUCUUUUAUUAUAAAAACGCUAGAUAUCCGAAAACUAUGUUUCUACUGUAGUUAGAUGUUAAAUCAAAGAUCUUAUUUUUUACGGUGGAAUGUAUUUCUGUAUGAGUUUUAGUUUGUAAAACCAUUAGUCAUUAGGUUUGUUAUUUGAUUUGCCCAUAAUGCCUCUCUUUAUUUACUCUAAAGGUGUAACUUCGGUUUAUGCGACAUCAGUGCAACACUAGAGAUUAGUGUUGUGUGUCUAUCGAUAAUCUAAUUUAUCGAUAGAAAAUUUCACUUAAAGUAGAAAGAAAAAACUCGCACAUGCAUAAAUCGAAGCAAAACCAACGAGUUUUAAUCACAUAGAUAUAAUACACCUCUUAUGUCUACUGCAGCUACGCUUUUUGUCGCCGUUUUUAGGUCAAAUAUUUAGCCAAACAAUGCAAACUAAUAUAAUUCAUAUUAUGCAAUACAAUAAGAGGUAUUUUUUCACAGUUGAAAAAGUGAAUUUAUUAAAUCAAUUUACAACAGUUAGACAUUGUUAAUAUGUAUGUGAAAUAUUUUUGUGUUCCUGCUGCGAAUCGGCAUUCUUUUCUUUUUAUUUUAAGUGUAGUAAUGACAUUGCAUAAUUUAUUGUUGCAAUAAACACUGGUAGGGCAUGGCUAUAGUCUUCUUUUGUCUUUUUGAACUGAAUGCAUAGAAGUAAAAUUAAGUGCGGUAUUUGUUAGUUGCUCUGUUUAUAGACCUACUGAGGUACUUUUACCUUUUUGUUUAAGUUUGUAUACCUAAAUGAUAGAAACUUUGUAUCAUACACUACCAAGAAACUUUGAAGUGAUAAGUAGGUUAUAUCCAUGCCUUGCGUUUAUUGAUUUAUGUACGAGUGUUGUAUAAUGUGUGUUUUUAAUUUAAUAAAAUUUAUAAACUUUUCAA